AUGCAGAGCCAGGAUAGCGGUCUCCCGUUCGCGCAUGCAGGUGCUGCACCCGCCGGCCUUGGACCGUCGCAGGUGUCGCUCCCUGGCACCGGUGUACCACAAGGCUGGUCGUUCGACGAUGAUCUCCCAGGACACACUCCCCCUCGACCCGCACCAUCAGCCUCGUCCUCGUCCUCGAAACCUCGGAGAAAGCGUGCACCGCGCCAAUGGCGCUUUCCCUGGGAAAAAGAAGUGCAGCUCGAGGGCGAGCGGCGCAUCGCGCUCAGCACCAACAUUCCCGGCUCCGGAGAUCCAGAUGCAAAUGGGGAGUUUAGGGGCAACGCGGUGUCGACGAGCAAGUUCAACGCGGCGACGUUUGUGCCCAAGUUUCUGCUGGAGCAGUUCAGCAAGUACGCGAACCUGUUCUUUCUGUUUACGGCGUGCAUACAGCAGAUACCGGGUGUGUCGCCUACGAAUCGGUGGACGACGAUUGUGCCGCUUGCGGCUGUGUUGGCGGCGAGUGCGUUUAAGGAGCUGCAGGAGGAUCUCAAACGCCAUCAAUCCGACGCAGAGCUCAACGCGCGCCUCGCAGAGGUUCUGACGAGCGGGAACCAGUUCACGCCGCGCAAGUGGAAGAACAUCCGUGUCGGCGACGUCGUGCGCGUCAAUGCAGACGACUUUAUACCCGCCGAUCUUAUCUUGCUGGCGAGCUCGGAGCCUGAGGGGCUGUGUUAUAUCGAGACGAGCAAUUUGGAUGGCGAGACUAACCUCAAGAUCAAGCAGGCCUCACCGCACACCGCGCAGCUCACGACCCCAGGCGCGGUUUCCGGCCUCCGUGGCACGCUCAGGUCGGAGCAGCCAAACAACGCGUUGUACACAUUCGAAGGCACACUCGAGCUGCUUUCCUCCACCGGCACAGCGCACCAAGUCCCCCUCGGGCCAGACCAGAUGCUCCUGCGCGGCGCACAGCUGCGCAACACGGCGUGGGUGUACGGGCUCGCGGUGUUCACGGGGCACGAGACGAAGCUGAUGCGGAACGCGACGGCGGCGCCGAUCAAGCGCACGGCGGUGGAGAAGCAGGUGAACGUGCAGAUUGUGUUUCUGUUUGUGUUUUUGCUGGCGUUGAGUGUGGGGAGUACGAUUGGGGCGAGUAUUAAUACGUGGUUUCUGUCGAGUCAGCAGUGGUAUUUGCCGCAGAAUGUGUCGUUUGGUGGGAAGGCUCACACGACCCGCGCAGACAUUCUGACGUUCAUCAUCCUGUACAACAACCUCAUCCCGAUCUCGCUCAUCGUCACGAUGGAAGUCGCCAAGUUCUGGCAGGCGCAGCUGAUCAACGCCGAUCUGGACAUGUACUACGCGCCGACGGACACGCCCGCGCUGUGCCGCACGUCGUCGCUCGUCGAGGAGCUCGGGCAGAUUGAGUUUGUGUUUAGCGAUAAGACGGGGACGCUCACGUGUAAUGAGAUGGAGUUCAAGGCGUGCUGCGUGGGCGGUGUGCCGUACGGGGACGGCGAUGCUGCUGCUGCUGCUGGCGGUGGUGCGGAGGGGAAUCUGUUUGAGGGAGAGGGCGAGGGGAAGGAGGCGUGGAAGAGUCUGGAGACGCUGAGGGCGUUCGCGGCGAGUGCGGGGCCGGGUGGGGCGGGGGGCGCUACGGAUCCGGAGUUUUUGACGCUGUUGGCGGUGUGUCAUACGGUUAUUCCGGAGGUGAAGGAUGGGAAGACGGUGUUUCAGGCGAGUAGUCCGGAUGAGGCGGCGUUGGUUGCGGGGGCGGAGAUGUUGGGGUAUCGGUUCCAUACGCGCAAGCCGAAGAGCGUGUUCGUGGACAUCAACGGCGCCGACAGCGAAUACGAGAUUCUGAACGUCUGCGAAUUCAACUCGACGCGCAAACGCAUGUCCGUCCUCGUGCGCACGCCCUCUGGCGCUGUCAAGCUGUACUGCAAGGGCGCGGACACCGUGAUCCUCGAGCGGCUCUCGGCCGCGUCCUCGGCCGCGCCGGCCACCGCGCGCACGCUCGCGCACCUGGAGGAGUACGCGACGGAGGGCCUGCGGACGCUGUGCAUUGCGAGCAGGGAUGUGCCCGGGCCGGAGUACGAGCAGUGGGCGAAGAUCCAUGCGCAGGCGGCGCAGACGAUCAAUGGGCGAGGGGACGCGCUGGAUGCGGCGGCGGAGCUGAUUGAGAAGGAGAUGACGUUGCUUGGGGCGACGGCGAUUGAGGAUAAGCUGCAGGAGGGUGUGCCGGAUUGUAUACAUACGUUGCAGAUGGCGGGGAUCAAGAUCUGGGUGCUCACGGGCGACCGGCAAGAGACGGCGAUCAAUAUCGGCAUGUCGUGUCGGCUGAUCAGCGAGUCGAUGAACCUCGUGAUCGUGAACGAGGAGAACGCGCAGGACACGCGCGAGUUCCUCUCGAAGCGGCUGAGCGCGAUCAAGGCGCAGCGCUCGUCGGCAACGGAGCCGGAUGAAGAUCUGGCGCUGAUUAUUGACGGCAAGUCGCUGGGCUUUGCGCUCGAGAAGGAUAUCAGCGGGACGUUCUUGGAGCUCGCGCUGUUGUGCAGGGCGGUGGUGUGUUGUCGUGUGAGUCCGCUGCAGAAGGCGCUGGUGGUGAAGCUGGUGAAGAAGAACGAGAAGGCGCUGUUGCUUGCGAUUGGGGACGGGGCGAAUGACGUGAGUAUGAUUCAGGCGGCGCAUGUGGGAGUCGGGAUAUCGGGUGUCGAGGGUCUGCAAGCUGCGCGGUCGGCAGAUAUUGCGAUUUCGCAGUUUAGGUAUCUGAAGAAGCUGCUGCUGGUUCAUGGCGCGUGGAGCUAUCAGCGCUUGUCGAAGCUUAUCCUAUACUCGUUCUAUAAGAACAUCACGCUCUACAUGACCCAGUUCUGGUAUUCCUUCUUCAACAACUUCUCGGGACAGAUCGCAUACGAAUCGUGGACAAUCUCGUUUUACAACGUCGUCUUCACCCUCCUCCCGCCCUUCGUCAUCGGCAUCUUCGACCAGUUCGUCUCGGCGCGUAUCCUUGACCGCUAUCCGCAGCUGUACGCGCUCGGCCAGAAGAACGUGUUCUUCACGAAGACGGCGUUCUGGCUGUGGGUCGUCAACGCGCUGUACCACAGCUUGAUACUGUUUGGGUUCUCGGUGAUCCUGUUCUGGGGGGACCUGAAGCAGGCGAACGGGCUGGACUCGGGGCAUUGGUUCUGGGGGACGAUGUUGUAUUUAACUGUGAUGCUGACGGUGUUGGGGAAGGCGGCGCUUAUUUCCGAUGUCUGGACAAAGUAUACUGUUGCUGCCAUUCCCGGAUCUUUCGCCUUUGCGAUGGUCUCGCUACCUCUGUACGCACUCGUAGCACCCGCGAUCGGUUUUUCGCUCGAGUACCAGGGACUUGUGCCCCGUCUCUGGGGUGACGCUAUCUUUUACUUGACUCUCCUUCUCGUUCCGAUCUUUUGCCUUUCGCGUGACUUUGUCUGGAAAUACUAUCGCCGGACAUAUCAGCCCGCGUCCUACCACAUCGCGCAGGAGCUGCAGAAGUACAAUAUCCCUGAUUAUCGGCCUCGCCAGGAACAGUUCCAGAAGGCGAUCAAAAAGGUGCGCGCGGUGCAGCGCAUGCGGCGGAAUCGCGGGUUCGCGUUCAGUCAGACGGAGAACUCGCGCCAGGACCAGACGCGGAUGAUCCGCGCGUACGAUACGUCGAAGGCGCGGCCCACGGGCUACUAG